CCAAUCAGGGCCACGUUUCAUCGUCAACAGGAAACGGAGGAAGCGUCCUUGGAGAUGUUGUCAGUUAUACUUUAACUUUCGACUUUCCAUCACCUACACGACCAAUGUUUACGUAUACAGUCUGGCAUCUUGUAGCCAUCACCACUGUGGUUGACUUCUGAUCAGAAACGGAUCAAAAGUGUUGACGUAAUCAUGACUGCAGCUGCCGUCAUAGGAGACCAGCUCAUCCUCGAGGAGGACUAUGAUGAGAACUAUAUGCCCUCUGAACAAGAAAUCCAAGAGUACGCAAGAGAGAUUGGUAUUGAUCCCGACAAUGAGCCAGAGCUGCUGUGGCUAGCCAGGGAAGGCAUUGUUGCCCCUCUGCCACCUGAGUGGAAACCUUGCCAGGAUGUGACGGGGGACAUCUACUAUUUUAACUUCUCCUCGGGUCAGUCAACCUGGGAUCACCCCUGCGAUGAGCAUUACCGGCGCCUGGUGACACAGGAGCGUGAGCGCGAGCAGCUCAACGCCACUACAGGAGGAACUGGGGCGAAAAAGGACAAGGAGAAGAAAAAAAAGAAAGAAAAGAAGGAGAAGAAAGAGAAAAAGAAGAAGGAGUUGCUCAAAACCCCUGGCACUCUGAGUUCAGCCUUAGGCCCUCUCUCCUCCCCGCUCGGCAGUCUGGCUCCUCUUAGAGGUCUGGAUGCCCCUGGUGGAGGCCCACUUUCUGGUUCUGCCCCUGCUCUCCGGCGGUCCCUCAGCAGCUCUGGGGGACUGGAGCCCCUGAAGACAACUCUAGGGGCUCCACGGAGCGCUGGAGCAUCCAGUGUUUUGGGCAGCAGGCAUGAGGAGAGGGUGUCUCUGAGUCUGCCUGGCUUUGAGGAUGAUGAAGACGAUGACAAAAUCUCAGAAACAGAGCCAAGUCCUCGUGGUUCAGACCGGUUACUGAAAAACCUUCAUCUGGACCUGGAUGCCCUUGGAGGAGGCCUACAGUAUGAGGACAGUGAAGCCAGUGGUGGAGCUCCAUUGGAGGAAAGGACAGAACCAGAGCUGCAGGACUUGGCCUUGUCUGGAGACCACAGCCCAGAACCCCCGUCCCAACAGGAGUCUGAGGCGAGGAAGAACAUCGAGGAGGCUUCAUCCUCCAUGGAUGUCAAGCUGUCAGAGAAAAUGGACAUGGAUGAUCUGUCCGGCACCGUCAGUCCACUGGAGAAAGAGGACAAAGAAGAAUUAGCAGAAGAAGAAGAUAAGAAUGAGGAGAGGCCAAAAGCAAAGAAACCAGAGGCUGCCAAGAGGCAUCUGCACAUUGCUGGCAAAGAGGCUCCCUCAGCUCCGAAAGUUGACCGCCUCGUGCUCCACCAGUCCAGCCCUUCACUCUCCCUCUCAAGCUCAUCCCACUCAGGACAAAACGUCGAGCUGCAUCUGAAAGACGAAGACCUCAGCACACCUCUGAGCCUAAAAAGACCUGAAACCUCAAGAGGUCGGCUGGUCCGCACCUCAAACACCCAACGAGAAGACACCGAAUCCCCCUUACAGAGCCAAGACAGCCCGCAGGAGGAAGAGGAGCUUGGCUGGAGAACACGGGAUGACAGAGGAAGGAAAGAGAAGGAGGAAGGGGAAGAGGAGGAGAGGAAAAGGACAGAGUGGGAGAGGAGUCUGAGAGAGAAGAAGGAGGAGGAGGAGAGGGAUAGGAGGAAGGCGGAUCAAGAGGCGGAGGAAGACAGGGAACAAAUGUUGAAGGAGAAGGAGAAAAUAAUGCGUCUCCUGAAGGAAAGGCUGAGGGAAGAGAAGGAGGAUGAGGAGAGGAGGCUGAAAGAAGAGAGCGAGGAAGGAUUGAGGGCUCUGCAGCAGCGUCUCCUGUCUGAGAGAAGAGAGGAGGAGGCCAGGCUGAACAAGGAGUCUGAUAGGAUACUGGAGGAACUCCGAGAGUCUGUCCAGGCAGAGAGGGAGAGACAGCAACAAAAACUCAGGGAGGAGAAUGAAGUCAGGCUGAAGGAGUUACGAAUCAGUCUCGAAGAGGAGCAAGUAUCAGAGCGUGACAGAUUGGAGGCCAAGAAGAGGAAGGACUUGGAUCGUCUGAAAGCAGAGUCAGAGGAGGAACUACAGGCAGAGAAGAAGAGACUCCAAGAAGAGAGGGAGGAGAAACUGAGCUCUCUGAAGCAGGAGGUUAAACUCACAGAGAGUAGGAGGGAGCUCAUGAGUGCACGACCUGAAAGGCAACUGGCAGAGUACCACCGAGAGCUGGCUGAUGUUCUUCAGGAAGUGCGGGAUGAAGAGCAGCGUGUUCACGAGAGGAAGCUGGAGCAGCUGAGGGAGGCCCACAGGAGAGAAAUGAACAACAUCAGGGAGAAACACCUAGAUGAAGAGACUGCACAGAGGGAGCGCUUACUGUCCGCUCUGCAGGAGGACAGAGAGCAUCUCCAGGCUUCACAUGCUGUCCAGCUGGAGAAGCUGCGCUUACAGCUCGACUCACAGAUACAGAAGAAACAGCUGACACACUCCCGCAAGGAGUCAGACCUGAGGGACCUGGCUGAUCAGAUGGAGAUUAGAGCCAAGGAGCUGAAGAGCCAGGAGGCCAUGCUGCAGACAAAGGCUGCAGAACUGAAGAGGAGGAGGAGGAAGCUUGGUGAGGAAGAAGAUGAACUGGACCAACAACUAGAGGCUUUACCCCGGCUGAUCCAGGAGAGAGACCUGCUGAACGAGCAGCUGAAGAGGAUGAGAGAGGAGAAAAAUCAAGCCAGAGAACUCAUGCAGAGAGCAAGGGAGGAGAGAAGUGAGGCCAAGGCGGAGGAGGAGAGGCUGAGGGAGGAGAGGGACAAAGCCAGGGAGGAGAGAAGGAAAGCCCAGGAGGAUAAGGAGCGACUGGAGAGCAGAGUGACGCUGCUACAGGAGAGAUGUGACCGACUCAAUCGCAGAAUCAGUGAAAUGGAACACGGCGAAGGAUUAAGUGCCUCAACCAGACCAGAGCCUGCACAUAACAGCAAGAAGACAGAGAAAACAGGGGCCACAGCGCCCUCUGAUGACAGAAACGACUCAUCACUACAUGCAGAAGACUUGGACGACCCCCCGCUCUCCCCUAUUCCUGACAGCCACAGCAGCAUUGACGAGUUCAGACGCUACAUCUCCUCGCAUGGAGCAUCCAUCCAAAAAACUAAACGCUUCCUUGAGAAAGAGAGCAACCGACUCAUGGAGAGACAGGCAGCUCUGCAGGCAGCUCAGACCAGCUCCUCUGAGGACCCCAACCAGGACGGAGGAGUGACGGAGGAAAUGAUAAGAAACCUCCAGCAGGAGGCCAGAAAAGUGGUGGAGCUGCAGCGGACGGUUCAGAUAGGAAACACUCUGCUGCGGAGGAAGGAGGAGCAUCUCCAGCAGCUCGAGAGCUCUCUAGCUGAAGAGCCUCUGUUUGAGGAUCUGUCUCGGCUGGCAGGAGAGAGAAAGGUGACGUUUGAUGUGACUGAAUCUGACCUCAGCAGCACUGUUGACCCAGCAGAUGGCACAGGACGUCACCUUGCAGACCGAGAUAAGGUCCAGGAGUUAGCGGAGUCCCUGCACCAGAUCUCAGAUCAGCUUAACACGGUCCUUAGUGCGGUGGGUUCACUUACCCAAAGGCAGAGAACCACAUCUUUCAUAUCCUACCCUCCACCUUUUUCACAACCUCACUCCAUUCCAGCACCCACCUCCACCUCUGUCCCUGCCAUGCCCCACAUGCACACUUUGGGUCCCAGCUCUUUAGCUCCGCUCUCCGAGCCGCCCUGGGCCUGGGCUUCCCAAGGCACUCCUCCAGCCGCCCCUCUGUUCAGUGCUCCCAUCAGCAGUGGGCUGAGGGCUUCAGAGGAUCUCAUGAACAGCCGAUGGAGCCAGAUAUUCCCCGGGGCAGCCAUGAACCCCAUCUCCUCCAGCACCAUGAGACCAACCUCUGCUUACUCAUCAUACACUCCUGCCAGUGAACUUGGUCGCAGCCUGCGGUCGGGGCAGAAGUCAGCGGAGGUAGAUGGCCAGAGGCUGCAGGGGCUGAUUGAUGGCAACAAGAAGUGGCUGGAGAUGCGCAAGAAAGACACCAGCAUACCUCUGUUUACUCGCUACCAGCCUCCCUCCACCAAGAGUGGCCUGCUCCAGCUGGGCCUGGACGACAACAACCAGAUCCGAGUCUAUCAUUACUGAGGACAUCACACACGCCUCAGCCCUGCUGCCAUGAGACCGUCCCUGAGGACUUUAGAGCAGUAAUGGCUGUGACAUGGUGACAGGUCAGCGUUGUGAUGUUUACACGCAGGGCUGUGUGAGAGUCCUGAGACCUCUUUCAUUCAGUGCUUUUUAAAACCAAGUUAAUAUGAUAGAAACAACAGGUACUGGUGCUCAGCGAAGAAACCCUCCCAUUACGCCUUGAUGCCAAUAUGUAUGCCAUACUGACAAGUCAUGUUGCCCCUGCUGUCCCCACAACCCAAACAUGACAAGAGAAAGACAGAGUGAGGAGUGAGGAGUGAGGAUGUGUGCUCUACCUCCCCCCAUUUUCAUAUGGGAAGAAAGAAGGGUAAGAAAAGAGAAAAACAGAGGUGAUGAUGUUAGAAAGAGGACAGGGAAGGCAGAUCCAGGGUUAUAGGCUUGUUUUGGAGCUCACCCCUGUCUGGUUAGGCUGUAUGCCCUACCUCUCCUUCCUCCCCCAUUUUCACUAAAGAAGAGAGUAGGGGAAGACAGGGAAAGUGUAGUAAGACAGAGGACAUGGAAGGCAGAGCUGGGACGAGAAGUCUGAUUGGACUGGAGCUCACUCCCCCUGGGUUAGGCUGUACACAUUUUCACAAGAGUGGAGGGGAAGAGGAGAAGGAGAUUAAAAGUCCACCUUCCUACUAUGACUGGAGGAAGAGACGACUGAACGAAGGUAUGGCACUUUGGGCUGAAGACUUUUUAAUGGCCUACAGGAGACUUUUUAAAGCACUUGAACAUCAUGUUUACAGAUCACAGGCUGUACCAGAAUUAGGCCAAACUGUUUACUUUGAUGCCAGAUGGGAAGAUGUGGCUUCCUUUAAGGUUUAAUAAGUAAAGACAAUCAGAGAGAAGUUUUUAAAGACAUAUCUUCUGUAACUAAUCUGUUCCUUUUACUUGAAAUAUCUCAGCUGUGGACCCUGCAUGCUGCUGUAGGCAGGAUGUAACACUAAAGAGUGCUUUAUGGCUGCACAGAGGUCAAGCUUUAGUUCAUGGCAGGUUACAUUUGUAUUAAAGCCAGUGGUUUUGUGAGUGA